CCUCGAUAUAGCGCUGCACUACUUCUUCCGCUUGACAACGGAAUGCUAACGGAUAUUAGCUAUAAAAGUAAAGAAGUACCGUUCGGCUCUCAGAGGUGCAAAGAGAAGUACCGAAGACAACAUGGGAAGAACACUGAGAAGAAAAAACGUCUUCUGAAAGCACAAAGUAUAAAGAUACUAACGAGAGAGAGAGGUAGAGAGGCGCUUCAUCUACAUGAAGUCCACCGUUAUUCUCUGAGAACCGAGAGGUCUGAUCAACACUGAAGAUGGUCUGAUGGACCGGCGCUUCUUACUGACAUUAAUCUUCUGUUCAGUGUCAUGGAUUUUCUUUUGGGAACUGCGCUGGAAGAAGAGCAAGGAAAGUCAGAUUGAAGAAUGGCUGCAAGGCCAUAGUCUGUCAGAAUACAAGCAUUUAUUUGAAGAUGUGCAGUCUCUGGAAGAAUUGAGUCUUAGUGUGUUGACUCGUUUGGAGGACGUGGUGAAGGAACAGCGGCGCUGGAGGGACAUCGCUGAAGCCGACGUCCGUCUGCUCAGAGACUUUGCCUUCCAGGAGUGGCUGUGCUCUCAGAGCCUCGAGCACUACUACCACACUCUGAAGACCCUGGGAUGCACCAAUCUGGAUGACCUAGCCCAGUUUGACAGCCAGCUUCAGCUCUCUCUGGCAGCCUGGGGCUAUUACUACGAGGACUAUAUCAAGCUGUCCACAGGCGUAAAGGUCCUCCAAGCAUCCCGGGGUAGCAGGGACCAGGACUACGAGGUUCAGCUGGUGCACAGCCUUGCUGAGAGGCGCCUGAAUGAGAAGUGGUCCAUUGCUGGAGCUCUGAUAUUCGGCUGUACGGUUGCACUGUGCUUUCUGAUAAGGGACCUCAUGUUUUACGUGAUUGGUGGAAUAACCGUUUCCAUCAUUGCAUUUGUCUUUACCAUCAAGUUCUUAUGUGAGCUUGCAGCACGUGUGGUCAGUUUCCUGCAAAAUGAGGACCCUGGGCGUCGUGGGGAUCGCAGCAUUUAUGACUAUGUGCGGGGGAACUACCUGGACCCACGCUCCUGCAAAGUCUCCUGGGACUGGAAGGAGCCACAGGAAGUGGGCCAGACCAUGAGCUUCCGUGUGCAGCUCUUCUAUAAGAACGGCCAGCCAUUUCCUGCUCACAGGCCAGUGGGUUUGAGGGUGAACAUCACUCACAUAGAGCUUGCUCUGGACAUUCCUGUCACCCAGGAGAUCCUUCAGGAGCCGGAGUCCAACGUGGUGAAAGUGACCUUCACUGUGCGCAAGGCAGGCCGCUACGAGGUGGCAGUGAAACUGGGGGGGCUCAAUGUGGCAUACAGCCCCUAUUAUAAAAUGUUUCAAGCAGGGACGGUGGUGCCAUCCAAAACAAAGAUCGCAUACCAUUUUUCAACUUUGGUGCUGACAUAUGGUCAACAGCACACACUGCAGAUCGAGCCUCGAGACGAGUACGGCAACCCUACCAGUAACUCCGUCUCUCUCGUGGAUGAGGUCAACUACAGUGUGCAUAUACACUCGUUGGGUACAACGGAGGAGGACAGUUCUGAUGAUUACUACAGCACGUCUGUCUGUUGUAAUAAGCAGCAGUGUCAGGUUCUGCUGCGGCUCACUCUGAACAAAAAGGGCUGCUUCAGGGCACGCAUUACUUACAGGGACCAGCCUCUCAAUAAUGGAGAGUUCGACAUCAUUGUGCUUACUGAGAACGAGAAGAACUGCGUGGAGAAGAACGUGUCCACUCCAGGAAUUAGUAUAUAUUUUGAGGCCUACCUCUAUGGUACAGGGAACUAUAGCAGUUCUACCUGGCAGUUCCCAGCAUCCUCUCUGCUCACCCCACCACGACGGCCGUCCACGGGCGACGACGAGGAAGAGCACGACUCUCCAGUAGAAGGCCAACCGGAGAAGGUCAAGAAACCAAAAAAGGUCUACUGCUACAUAUCACCAAAGCAACUCUCUGUGAAGGAGUUUUACCUGAAGAUUAUUCCAUGGCGCCUUUUUACUUUUCGUGUGUGCCCUGGAACAAAGUUCACGUACCAUGGGCCUGACCCCAUCCAUAAGUACCUGACGCUGGUGGUGGAUGAUGGGAUUCAGCCUCCUGUCGAACUCAGCUGCAAGGACAGGAACAUUAUGGCAGCCACGUUUAUUCGCUUUCUGCAUAAGAACAUUGGAGGCUCAGAAACAUUUCAGGAUAAGGUGAGCUUUUUCCAGCGAGAGCUCCGGCACAUUCACUCCAAGAAGCCUCGAAUUAAAACGUGCCUGAAGAUCAGCCGUCACUCCAUUCUCGACUCUUCUCUAAAGGCCACCAGAAACUUCUCUGUAUCGGACUGGAGUAAGAACUUUGAGGUGGUGUUUCAGGAUGAAGAAGCUCUGGACUGGGGAGGGCCGAGACGCGAGUGGUUUGAACUCGUCUGUAAGAAUCUGUUUGACACAAAUAACCAGCUCUUCACACGAUUCAGUGACAAUAACCAGGGUCUGGUCCACCCUAACCCAGAGCGUCCUGCUCACCUGAGAUUGAAGAUGUACGAGUUUGCAGGGCGUGUGGUAGGGAAGUGUCUGUAUGAGUCAGCUUUAGGAGGAGCCUACAAGCAGCUGGUACGAGCCAGGUUCACUCGCUCUUUCCUGGCCCAGAUCAUUGGUCUGCGCAUGAACUACAAGUACUUUGAGACCGACGAUCCAGAGUUCUACAAAACAAAAGUCUGCUUUAUUUUAAAAAAUGACGUGAGCGAAAUGGACCUCGUAUUUGCUGAGGAAAAGUACAAGUCAGGACAACUGGAAAAGGUGGUGGAGCUGAUAUCAGGCGGUGCUCAAAUUGCCGUCACUAAUGAGAAUAAGAUCCAUUACCUGAAUCUGCUGGCUCAGUUUAGACUGGCCAGUCAGGUGAGGGAUGAAGUCGAGCACUUCCUCAAAGGGUUGAACGAACUCGUUCCUGAGAACCUUUUGGCCAUAUUUGAUGAAAAUGAACUAGAGUUGCUGAUGUGUGGUACUGGGGAUAUAAACGUGCAGGAUUUCAAAGCCCAUGCUGUUAUCGUUGGUGGCUCAUGGCACUUCAGAGAGAAGGUGAUGAAGUGGUUCUGGGCCGUGGUGUCCUCCUUCACUCAGGAAGAGCUUGCACGUCUCCUUCAGUUCACUACCGGCUCCUCUCAGCUCCCUCCUGGUGGCUUCAACACACUCUGCCCAUCUUUCCAGAUCAUAGCAGCACCAACACACAGCACGCUGCCAACUGCACACACUUGUUUCAACCAGCUGUGCCUCCCUACCUACGACUCCUACGAGGAGCUGCACAAACUGCUGAAGCUGGCCAUCAGUGAGGGCAGCGAGGGCUUUGGCAUGCUCUGACCACACACUGGCUCUGACUUUCGGAUACGCUGAAGGAAUCGCUUUUUUUUGUGUCUUUUUUCCAAUGAAUGAACUGCUGUAUAUGAGCCAAUGCACCUUUUAUUGUCCAAUAACAGACCUCUUAAGUGAAGGCCACACAGAUGUCCAGAUUAUUCUCUCUCAAGCAGGACCUUCACAUGAUCCUGAGUUGCCUUUGGCUUAUUCCACUGGAUGCUGGAGCAAUGUAAAUAUGUAAAUCUUUUGUUUUGUACUGUUUAAAAAAAAAAAAAAAAAGAGGGAAAAAUAAACGAAGGAAGAACCGUUACGUUUAAUUCUCGAAGGUACAAUUGUUUCAUUUUAUGUGAGUUUGUAAAGUCAUGAAAAUGUGUGAAGCUACUAUCACAUUUGGCAUUAACAAAGCUGGGAACAUUCACACGGAGUGUUGCAGCCUUUAAGAUGUGUGGAGCUACUACACACUCACUGCACUUUGGCCUUAACCGAUCAGGGAAGGUUGUGUGUUCGUUUUUGUAUAUAUCAAACUUGUAAAAUGUUGUCUUUCUUGAUUCUUGGUUAUGUAGUUCUGUCAUGUAGCCUAAUGUAACUGUGUGUGUGUGUGUGUGUGUGUGUGUGAGAGAACAGAAGAGUCUGCAUUGCAAAAUAUGAUGAAGGGAUAGGAAGAGGAGCACUGGUUAAAAAGAGCUAAUGGUUAAUUACAAAUCUCUGGGUAACAUCUAUGCAUUUUACUAGUGAGCCUAAUUUACAAAGCAGGAUGUCAAAGGAUUUUUUUUCUUUCUUUCUUUCUUUCUUUCUUUCUUUCUUUUUUUUUCUUUUUUUGAAUAAAUAAGGCAUGUUUGCCUUGACACAAUUGUCUUCAUUGGACAGAAGAUGUUUUUUUUUUGUUUGCCUUUGUUAUUGCUUGAUUUUGUUAUACAUGACCUUUAAUUUAUUUUUAACUUAUUCCCACUUACCAAAAUGUCCUGUAAUAUUAUACAUGUGUUGUUAAAAUGAGUGUUCUAUGAAACAAAAGAGGCUAAAAGCCAGAUGGAUGCAUUUAAGUGUCUUUAGUGUUUUGUCAUAUUGCACCUAACCCUCACAGACCUAUUUCCAGUAACCCAAACUGGAGAAAUACUAUUUAUAAUGUGUAAUAUUCAUCAAUUAACCAAGUAUUCUGAAAAUUGUAUCAAAGCUAGUUUCAGAGAGAUGAAUGUUUAUUAAAGAAAAGUGCAGGUAAUGUUGCACUGUCCAUGAAAACAGCCUCUAAUAGAUGGAAGGUUGCUCUAGAUGUCAGUACAUGGGUGCAGCGUCUCACAUGAGUGGAACUUCUUAUGAGUGCUUUUUAUCCAUUGCAUCUUAAGUUUCAUGUUAAUGUGGGUGCUCAUUUACAAAGCCUACACACUGCUGUCAAAAUGUGUCUUAACAUGGACUGUCCAUUCUAUCAUCCUAUGUAACUAUGCUUCAAGUCAAAACACAGCUGCUGUUAACUUUGGCGCUUAUGACCGCUUGAAUAAUUCAUAGAGAAUUGUGUCAUACAGGUUGUAUUUUAACCACGGAUCUUGAAGUUAAGCAGCAGAACGGUUCGAACUUUUAGUCACCCUCCUCCCUUUAAUGCCACAAUGAAGAUUUUCAUAUGGUCUCGUUUUAGAUAUCGUGCCCUUUGACCUUGGAUAAAUAACACCACAGCAGAAACUCCAGGGUGUGUCUAGACUGUGAAUGAAAUCACUGCAUACGUGUCUGGCUGCGUGUGUUGGACGAGGCUCGUCGUGAUGACCUCAGUCGCCAUCUUGUAAAAGCACAGUGACUGAAAAGUGUCCUGCGAUUAUGUCAAUCAUGCUGCUGCUGCUGUGUUUCAGUCAGUCAGCAUAGACAAAGCGAGACACAAGCAUGACCAUUCUGGUUUCACUGACCUUAAUGUGCAGGGCAUUUUCUUACUGAUUUGAAAGUGUGAAAUAAUGCAUUAUAAAUUUCAUGUGUAUAUAUUGUAAUAAAGAUGCCAAUGGCUUUGGGUUGAUUUUUUUCUGGGUUUUUCUUGUGUGUGGAGAGGCCUGGUUACUUUACAUUGGUACCUGCAGUAUGAAUGUAUUGGGUUUUCAGCACUGUUCUAAUGGCAAAAUCACUUGUUUCUUAUUUAUGUGACAAAAUAAAUUGAAAAGUGGGACAAUUAA